AUGAUUAAUCAUUUCUUGCAUAAAUGGCAGCAACCUUUAGGAGAUCCUAUUGAAUAUGAGGAAAUCAAGAGAUAUGAUGAUGGAAGAAGAGUAAAUUUCUAUAUGAUUACGAUAGAGAUAUGAUAAAACAAUAAGGGAAAAGGGUGGAAUAGAGUACUAUUUAGUAUCAAAAAAAUUUAUUAAAUAAUGGAAAUAUUAUGUGGAUUAUUAUGAAGAAAUGGGAGAUCAAUAAAAGGAGGCCAGGAAGAAAGUUUUGAAAUUUAAAUAUAUUAGCCUGAUAAAAUGAAUUCAGAUUUGCAAUGCAAUGAAAAGGUUUUUAAAUAUAUACCUGAAGAUCAUGUUUAUAAUUCCAGCAUUCGUUAUUUGGAAAAUGAAUGGGAUUAUGAAUACGUAAUAAUAAACAUCAAAAAAAUUAGAUUCUUAAAGAAGUUUUUGAUAUUUUUAAAGAGAAAUACUCAUCAAUUGAACCAUAAAAAAGAAUUGGAUUCUAUUCUGAGAACGAAAAAAAAAAAGUUGUUUAUCCCAAUUUGGCUAGAGUAUACAAUUUUAUUAAUUCUAGUUUACAUUGAUCUACUAGUCCUUAAGAGACAACAAAUUUUAUAGUGUCAAAGCCUAAGUAGACCAUCAUUCUGAAAUCAAAGCAUGGUUAGACCUACUAAAAGCGACAUUCCAAGAUGAAUUCAAACAAAAACAAAUUAGCAACAUCAGAAUCUGGUUACCGAGACAUCAACACCUCAAAGUUGAUCUGUUAACCGAAUAGAUAGAAUAAACCAUGCUUGUCGACGGAGAUGUCUUAUAAGAAAAUCUCAUGGUCUUCCAACUGUAAGCGAAUAGGGAUAAUUGUUUGAUCCUCGAUUUCGAAUCAAACCAAUGGCAAUUUAAUAAAAUGGAUUAAUAAUAGUAAAUUGAAAAUGAUAUUGAACUCCUCUUUAACAGAGCCUCUAAGGGUUGUGGUAAAUACGUAUGUGAUUUUGCUUAAUGCAAAUUGAACAAUGGUUUUCUAGAACAGGAUUUUAGUUAAGAUGACAUCAAAGGGAUUUGUUAAUAGUUGGUAGAGAAUGAAGAAGUCAAUUGGGAAUCAUUGUGUUAUCCAGUCUAAAGCAUCAAUGAUAAAUUGAGUCCAUUUUAAACAUCUGAAUUUUAAAUAGAUUUGCAUGAAGCCACUCUCAGAAUCUCUUUUUAAUUGGAAAUAUUUGGAGCUUCUUUCGUUGAAAACUAUUACAACAAGGCUGGUAUAUAUCAAAUUGAUCCUCAAAAUGCAGAAGUUGAUACAAACCUCAUUAUUGAGACUUAAAAAAGGUUUAUCAAAUACAAAGGGGAUUUCAGUUUAAUAAUAAAUAACUUAUUUUCUUAAAGGGAAAAAAACUUAGAACAGUUGACCAACUUAUAUCAAUUGAGAGCACUCUAUUUGAUAUUAUAAUUUCGUAGAUUCUUGGAAUCCAUUAUUGAUGAAAAAUCUCAAAUAAUUUUGAAGAUCAUAAGAAGACUAAAUAAACCAUAAAAAUAAUAGUUAUCUAGAUGGUUUACAAAUCUGUCAAAGGCAGAGUUUGAAGGGACAACGAAGGUUGUUAAAAAGUUAAUAAAUUCUGAAAUUUUAAGACAACAACAUACUCCUCUGAUGCCAUUUUUAGAAAUAGAAGACACACAAAAGAUGGUAGGUUUAUUUGAAUUAUUUCAAAUUCUAAAAAUAUCUAACAAAAUGAAUACUAGAUUAUAGUCUUCAGAUUUCGUAAUUGAUUUGAUAACGAAAUUGUAUAAGUAAGAUGCAGACAAAGAGGAAUUUUCACAAUUUCGUUAUUAUGCAGCUAAGUAAUGGAGAAAUUAUUCGUUUACCUUUUGUUUAUAUGCUUGGUCCAUCCCAAUUGAGUUUAAAUCAAAGUUGUUGAGUCUGGAUUGCAAAGUCAAAUAACACGAUAGCAUGAGUCAUUCAGUAAAAUAUCAUUUUACUGGACAAGCUCCAUAUUUAAAUUUAUCAAUUGAGAGAAACAAUAUUAUAGAAUCAGCUAUUAAAUAACUAUAAAUAACGCAUAUCCCACUUAAGAAUCCCUUGAAAGUGUAAUUUAUAGGAGAACAGGGAGUGGAUGAAGGAGGUCCAAAAAGAGAGUUCUUCAGAUUGAUGAUGGAGAAAUUGAUUUCACCAGAUUAUGGCAUGUUUAUCCCUAAAAACAAUGGAACCGUGUAUUGGUUCAAUCCGUAGUCCUUUGAAAUUCCUAUAUACUAUUCUUUGAUAGGGAAGUUGUUAGGAUUGGCUCUCUAUAAUUAGGUGCUGCUAGACGUACGAUUCCCAACAGUCUUAUUCAAAAAGUUAUAGAACGAAAAGGUUACUGAAGAGGAUCUUAAAGAGUUGGAUAUGGAAAUCUACACAGGAUUUUAGUAUUUGAGAGAACAAACAGAUUCUAAUUUAAUAUAGAGUCUGGCUUUGAAUUUUAAUGCAAGUUAUGUUGUAUGGGGAGAAGCAUACUUUGAUGAUUUGAAAGUAUAAACUAUUUAUAUAUGUACAGCCUAAUGGAUUUUAAAUUAACGUCACCAAAGAUAAUAGAGAAGAAUAUAUAGAAUUAUAUACUGAUUGGUACUUAAACAAACUAGUGAAAAAUCAAUUUGAUUUAUUACAUUCAGGGUUUAAAUCUGUAGUUGAUGGAGAUGGUAUUAAGGUAGUUGAUAUUAUCAGAAUUAGUUAUUCUCAGGAGAAGAGUUACAGGCUCUAAUAAUAGGUUUGCCACAUUUUGACCUCAAAGACCUAGAAUUAGUUACAAAAUAUGAUGGGUUCGAUGAUAAGUCUGAGUAUAUAAGGUAUAAGGAUGAUUGUAUAUCAAUAGGUACUUCUGGAGUUGCAUACAUUCCUUGAGUAUUGAGAUGUAAAAGAGAUUCUUGUUUUUCUGUACUGGGACUGAUAGGAUUCCUGUGGGAGGACUGAAAUCAAUAAAGUUUGUUAUUUAAAAGCAUGGUGAAGGUAAGAUUUGCAUAACGACAUUAGAUACUGAGUAAUUGCCAUCAGCUCAUACUUGUUUCAACGUUCUAUUAUUGCCACUUUACAAGAAGAAGGAAACAUUGAAAGAUAAACUUAUGAUAUCUUUGGAUAACGCGGAAGGCUUUGGAUUAAUGUGA